ACCCCAGCAGGCAACAGCUCAAUUCAAGCAUCACUCCAGCGACCAGCGAGCGAUCUCUCCAGCCAAGCAAGUGUUAAGCUAAGCUCCGAGGAAGGAGGACAAGAAGGACAUGGCGGCGGCAGCGAAGGCGUCGUGGAUGGUGGCGAUGAGCGUCGGCGCGGUGGAGGCGCUCAAGGACCAGGCGGGGCUCUGCCGCUGGAACUACGCGCUGCGCUCCGUCCACCGGGCCGCCAAGGCCAACGCCCCCAGAUUCGUGCAGGCCAAGAAGCUGGCCCCGGCGGCGGCGGCGGCGGGGAGGAGUCGGGCGGACAAGGCGGAGGAGGGGAUGAGGACCGUCAUGUACCUCAGCUGCUGGGGACCUAAUUAGGCGUGCGUAGAUCCUUUCCGUUUCACCUCUGAGCAACCGAUCUUGCCUUUGGAGUUCAGACCUGGCCUUGCUCCUCCUGAUUGUAAAUACACGACGACGACGACGACGACGAUGAUGAUGAAAAGUUCUUUCAGUUUAAUCGAGUAUAUGAAUGCUUCUGCUACUGUGCUUUCUACCA